CAAUCAAUUAUAUCCCAAGUGACGUCAGCAGCAGCAGCGCCACACCGGGGCUGAGGAGUGGGUGACGAAAAAGCAAUCAAAAAAAAACACCAGGAGCGAUGAAAUGCACGGACUACACGGGUCCAUUUGACUGCUAAAUAGCUGGUUGGGUAUUUUGAGGGUUUGUUCCCGGUUAUGCAUGUUGGAGAGCAUCAUUUUAACACUAAAAAGCUCCUCUGUCAAGCCGAGAUUUCUGUGUUUUUCCCCCCUCACCACUCGGCUGCUUUUUCCCAGGGAUGGCUAGCUGAGCUAACCUAGCUAGCUAACGAUUAGCCUGCUACAUCGGGCAGCUGGUGUCUCGGUUCUGCAGGAGGAUCGCCGAUCUGAGCGGUGUUUUUACGGUCGGAUCGCUGCACACGGUUGUCGUCCGUCGAGUGGUGGUGGUGGCAGCGGGGGUAGCCUGGCUGUGGGUCCGGUAGAUGGACGGUUCUGACGGGCGCUCAUCGUCACUGCGCGGGCGUACAGCGGUGGUUUCGGGGCGGCUAGCCUUGCACUCGGCCGGGCGACCAGCGGAGGGAUUGUACAAAUGUGGCAACCAGUACUGCCCCGCUGUCUCUGGGACCAAAGCUGCUAGUUUGGAGUAAAAACAACCUUUUUUAUUUACUUAAUGAGUGUUAAAGUUGCUGUCUUGGUUGACUAGCCACACAGGAGAGAGAGAGAGAGAGAGAGAGAAGAGAUUUAACAUAUUGGAGGAAAUCUGACAAUCCAUCAAGUUGUCACGUUAGCUCAACGUUAGCAGCAUUGAGCCUGCAAAGCUAGUGGACUGGUUCAAUAUAAUGGUGGUUAUUAUUUGCACAUUUCACAGGUUGCAUUGCACAUUCCCUCUGAUCUGCGGUCGGUCCCUGUACGCCUGAGGAUCUGCAAAACAGAAAAAGACUUAGCUGUCAAAUAUUGUGACACUUGACAGCAGAUUCUGCACAAAUCUCCCUCCAAGCAGCAUCAUCAACAUCUGGACUGCUGCUGCUUUAUUUGAUACUUGGUGUGUGAUUUAAUCAGACGGGCUUUUUCAGCUCAUGCGGUGAUGACUUUAGACUCCAUGAUGGCUUGUUGCCUGAGUGAAGAGGCGAAGGAGUCCAAGAGAAUCAACGCCGAGAUCGAGAAACAACUCCGGCGAGACAAGAGGGAUGCGAGACGGGAGCUGAAGCUUCUUCUGCUGGGUACUGGAGAGAGCGGCAAGAGCACCUUCAUCAAGCAGAUGAGAAUAAUCCAUGGGUCAGGCUACACAGAUGAGGAUAAGAAGGGCUUCACCAAACUGGUCUACCAGAACAUCUUCACCUCAAUGCAGGCCAUGAUCCGUGCAACUGAGACCCUGAAGAUCCCGUACAAGUACGAGCAGAACAAGAACAAUGCCCAGGUGGUGCGUGAGGUGGACGUGGAGAAGAUUUCAUCGUUCGAGCAGCCGUACACCAGUGCGAUAAAGAUGCUGUGGGCUGACCCUGGCAUCCAGGAGGCCUAUGAUCGCAGGAGAGAGUACCAGCUCUCCGACUCAACCAAAUAUUACCUUAAUGACUUAGAGCGAAUAGCAUCGGCGGGGUACAUGCCCACUCAGCAGGAUGUGCUGCGGGUUCGAGUGCCCACCACCGGUAUCAUUGAGUACCCGUUUGACCUGGAGAAUAUUAUCUUCAGGAUGGUGGAUGUGGGGGGUCAGAGGUCAGAGAGGAGGAAGUGGAUCCACUGCUUCGAGAACGUCACCUCCAUCAUGUUUCUGGUGGCGCUCAGCGAGUACGACCAAGUCCUGGUGGAGUCGGACAACGAGAAUCGAAUGGAGGAGAGUAAAGCUCUGUUCAGGACCAUCAUCACAUAUCCAUGGUUCCAAAACUCCUCCGUCAUCCUCUUCCUCAACAAGAAGGACCUGCUGGAGGAGAAGAUCAUGUAUUCUCACCUGGUUGACUACUUCCCAGAGUUUGAUGGCCCCCAGAGGGACGCCCAAGCAGGUCGGGAGUUCAUCUUGAAGAUGUUUGUGGACUUGAACCCAGACAGUGACAAGAUCAUCUACUCCCAUUUCACAUGCGCCACCGACACGGAGAACAUCCGCUUUGUCUUUGCCGCCGUCAAAGACACCAUCCUGCAGCUCAACCUCAAAGAGUACAACCUGGUGUGAAAAAAAAGAGAAACGGAAAGAGGGAGAGAGAAAGAG